AUGGCUGACGAGGAAAAACGACCCGACUGGUCCGACCUCCCCACCGAUCUCCUGGAGAACAUCGGGAGGAGGACCCGCGACGCCGUCACCGGCCUGGCCGCGUUCCGCUCCGUCUGCCGGGCAUGGCGCGCUGCGGUAGGGCCAGCGCCGCGCCUGCUGCUUCCCCGUGCGGGGCCGUCAGAGGACGCGCUCGUCUUCCCCUUGUCGCGCGGCUGGUCCAUAGUCGUCGACGCCCGCGACGCGUCCUGCCGCCUCUCACACCUGGCCACGGGCGCGACGGCUGCCCUGCCCAGGCUCAACGCCGUCCGCCACGCCGGCAGCGACGUUGUCACGCACCUGACAUACCUGCACCGCCCCGACUUCCACACGGCGCGGGUAUGUUAUGCUGCCGCCCCCGGAGACGCGGCUUGGACCUUGGUGAACACGCCCGUCCCAGUAAACCUCGGCUACUUCGACUUAGCCUACCACGACGGCAAGAUGUUCGGCUUCGACGGCCAGAUGACGGUGUUCGACGCCACGACGCUCCACGCCCUCUGCAUCGUGCAGCCUCCACCAGCGACGCCCAACCUUGCCAACAAGAUGUACGGCAUCUGUACCCAGAAGGAAGAGUUCAAUUUCGUCCACCUCGUUGCGUUGCCGAGCAAGCUGGUUUUGGUCAGGACUAGCGUCAAGUCUUCACGGCCGGUGGCCUUCGACGUCUUCGAGUUAGGCUCGACGCCUGACGGGCUCGCUUGGCUCAAGGUGAGAGACGCUGGCGACUACGAACUGUUCCUGGAUGGAUAUCACACCACCUUUAGGGAAAAUAAUGGCGUCAACGGCGGCGGUACUCGGAUCUACUAUGUUCAUGACGUUGCUACAGCAGGCUAUGUUAACGAGGAGCGCUGGCUUCUUCCUGUGGCCUACUGCUACAGCAUGCAGGAUAACAAAUUGGAGUGCGUCUACAUGCCACCGGAGGAUAUUCAUCAGCGCUCAACUAAGCCUAGCUGGUUUGUUCCCUAG